AUGGCCUCAAGAACCACAAAGGCGGGGUCAAGUAAUGGGAACGAAAGGUUAGAUCAAAUUCUUGAUCUACUAAAUCAGCAAAGUGCAAGGAUGAAUGAUCUUGAACAAGAGGUUCGAAGGGUCGGAGAAGUCCGACAGGAAGCCCCAAGGGUUGAGGAGCAACCCGACAACCAAGCCAGAAUAGAAGAAGAGCUGGAAAAGGAUUUGAAAAGGAUAGCCCCGCCAAAUUUUGAUGGAAAAACAAUUGGUGAUGGUGCAGAGGCAUGGUUAUUCUUCGACAAGAAGAUGACAGAAUUUCAAAACCUUACUCAAGGUAGUAUGUCGGUAACACAGUACUGGAAGAAAUUUACUAAUCUCCUUAAGUAUGUUCCGCAAUACCAGAUGGAUGAAAGGUUCUACAUUCAGAAGUUCAUUUUGGGUUUAAGAACCCAUAUAGGAGCAGAGGUGGAUAUCCAUAAUCCAUUAACUAUGGUGGAGGUAUUUGAAAAGGCGACUAAGCAAGAGCAGAAGUUACAGCAGUUGGGGAACCUUCGAAAGAAUGAGAACAACCGACCAAAUUUUGGGAAUAGAAAUUUCCAAAGGAAUCACAAUAGCAACAAUCGACAGAUAAGAAAUCUUAAGAGGGGACCCAACACCCAGGAAAAAGGAAGAGCAAAUCAGGAUGGAAAUAAGAAAGAAAACAACAACACCAAUGCUCGACAGAAUAUGGACAGAGGAAGGUCAGGUGGCCAUCCUGGUCCUAGGGAUGGGUGUUAUAAUUGUGGAGGGAGUCAUUACGCCUCCAAUUGUACACAACGUACCCCAGCACAGAGAGGAUCAUAUCAGCAAGGAGCCCCUCAACAUUAG